GUUUUAUAUAAUGCCUCUGGCUGGCCCUUUAUUUAUCAAGAGAAACGUUUGGUAAGAAAGUAAGCAUAAAUUAGUAAGCCGGUUUAUUUGAAUGCAGUUUAAGCGGAUUCUUGCGAACGGCAUUAGUGAGCAUACAGUGAUCAUCCAUGGAGGGCCUUCAAUGUUGUAAUUUUUAUACUAUGACCAUGUUGACUUCCUCCUGUGUGUAUUUUGAAACAUCAUAGAAGGUUAAUUAAUAACUCUUAGAUCCAAACCUGAUUUAUCAAGCAUCUAACACACCGCCUAUGAUAUCUUCAAAAGAGAAGGACCAAAACGUUGACGGCGACGAAACUGGCUUGUAAGAUCGUUGGAUAAAUUUGUCGGCGUAGCCUUAAAUUAUCUGCAGAAGAAUAAAAUGGCGAGAUGUCUAUCUCCAUACUUUGCCAUCGCAUUCCUUCUCGGGGCAUUCGUCAACUAUUUCAUCGCCAUGGAUUUCGGGUUCUUCGCAGCCGAUGAGGUGCUUGAGGACAGACACAGGAGAGAUGGGGAAACAAGUCCUGAUAUGAUGAAAUCAAUAAUGGAUGACAUUCCGACCAAACCCAUCGUGAACACGCGUACGACUCAAGCCAGGACAAGCAGCUGGACGGGUCCAAGAUUCGGCCAGACUGUUAAAGGAAUGAAACACGUAAUCAUAAUGAAUGAUGUGCCCCGUACUGGUAGUCGAUUGCUUUACCGAGCUGCCCUAAAUGCUUUUGAUUAUAACUGGACAUCCGUGACUGAUCAUCUUGUACGAAUUGAAUACGAAAAGAAAAAUAUCGAAGAAGUUCAGCAGUUGAAACCACCGGCUUUUGUACAUGGACACACAAGCUUUUACCCGUAUACUGAUAUCUGGGAAAAUCCACCGAUCUACAUCAAUUUUAUGCGAGAGCCUAUCGCUCGAAUGGAAUCGAAUUUCUACUAUGAAAGAUUCGGCGAUUAUGCGCAAGAUCCUUCGAUUCACCAUAACGACAACCUGACUCUAGAACAGUGCGUUAACAAAGGCCUGGUCUGGUGCGGCCCCUGGUGGAAUUGGCACAUACUUUUCUGUGGUUAUGAAUCAAGAUGCCAGACGGAUCACGCUUGGUCACUUGAGAAAGCCAAGGAAAACAUCGACCGGCACUACACUUUUAUAGGGAUAACUGAGGAAUUCGAGACUUCCCUUCAAAUUAUUGAGCGACUUGUGCCAGAUUUGUUAGGAGGACUGUUAAAGGCUUACAAGGAAUUAAAUGACGAUGGCACUAACUGGAAUGAACUCUUCCGGACGAGGGACAAGAAAAGACUGUCGCCGCGGCUGGUUGAUAAAGCUCGGGAAAUCAUGAAAGAAGAUGUGGAAUUGUAUGAAUAUGCCUACGAAAAAUUCAGGCAACUCAAAACCAGAUUCGGACUGGAAUGAGAUGCCGAAUGGAUGGACACCAGACGUACAGAUCAACAAUAUUCGUAAAUCUGACGAUGAGUAAAGGAAGAUUUUAUGUAUACAGGAGAGACCUAUAGAUUUAAUUUACCAUAUUCCAAAUCAAUGUUGUUGUUUUGGUUUUUUUUAUAGGUCGGAUUCAACUAAUAAUUUUUUUGUUUUGUUCUCAUAUAAGAAAUGACGUUGGCCUUCGGUCAACUUAGUGUAACAUGUACUUACUAUUGGCAUUAAGCAAUUCUGGUUUGAUAAUAAGGAAAUACAUGUAUUGACAAUACGUGAGCCAAACAAUUCGUAGAAUAACUAAUCACAUAGUUGUAGUUACAAAUAGAAACUGUUUAAAUUGAUAACAGUUUCUUUAGCACUUUGCUUUUCCUUCGUGCUAAUGCCGAGUCAUGUCCUAUAAAUCCGACUUGGAUACGCAAUUGUAAUAGGAACAAGUCACCAUAAUAGUGCCAGAUAGUGCUUAGUAUUCUGUUUCGAUACAAAAUGACACAUGAAGCUGUACACCAUGUAGCUCUCAAUGGUGUCAUCCAUAAUAAGCAAUAUAUAUAUUAGUAAUACAAACAUGUUCAACACUUUCAAGCUGAAUCUUUUCGACCAUAUAUAAGCAUGAGUUUCCUACAACGAUGUACUCUUGAAAUUACACGAAGAGUAUUUCACGGCUAAUACAUUACUACAAGGUGUGGUUAUUCUUCUUCCUUUUCUUGUUGUUUUCGUAUUAUUCUUCCUUUUAUUCUUCUCUCUCUCUCUCUCUUUCUCUUUAUGGGUACGGUGUUAAACACCUGUUUCUGACAUUUGUUUUUCCUAUCUUUUAAAAAAUCUAAGGAGAACAUUUGAUUUCCGUAGCCAAUUGUCAUUUCUUUAUUUUAUUUGAACAAUCUUACUGCUUUUGUUA